UGAUACUCUCAGCUUUUUAGGUAAAGAUCGUUCAAUCUGGACUGUAAAUUAAGUCCCAUGCAAGUCUGCUAGAAAAGAUGGUGGUACUGAAGACAAUCCCCCGUAUCCUCUCUCCUGAACUGCUGACAGUACUUGCCAGAAUGGGCCAUGGAGAUGAAAUUGUCCUUGCCGAUGCAAACUUCCCGAGUGCGUCUGUGUCUAAGUGUGGGCCGGAGCUCAUCCGAGCAGAUGGUCACGGGAUACCUUCUCUACUGAAGGGAGUAAUGCAACUGCUCCCACUGGACACUUACACAGCAGCACCAGUUUUGUUGAUGGAUCUAGUACCUAGUGACAAGAUGAAAGCUCUAAAGACACCUGUGUGGGACGAGUAUAAGAAGAUCAUCAACCAAGCUGAAGGAAAAAUUAUUGAAAUUGAACUCCUGGAAAGAUUCGCAUUCUAUGAGCGAGCAAAGAAUGCAUUUGCUGUGGUUGCUACUGGUGAAGGAGCUCUGUACGGGAAUAUCAUUCUCAAGAAAGGAGUUCUUGCACCUGAAGCUAAAGAAAAUUGAUUUUAGUGGGGAACAAUAAUUAGUUUUUAUGGGGUGACGAACUCUAAUUCUCGCCGCGGUUAGUUAUGGGAAAUUUUUGUAGAUUAUCCAUAUAAAAUUUGUAAAGAAAAGGGAUUUUCCCGAAUAUUUUUGCACAUAGAA